UGCUUGCGUUUGUCUCGUCAGUCUGAAAAUGGCCGUCAUGAAACUCACAAGUGAGAUUUCCUGCGCGUUUCUCUGAAAAUCCCAGUUAUCCAUCGUCAAAUCUCACCUAAAAGGGUGGACACCGACGUCAAUCGGUGCCUUUUUUUUACGCGGACGAAUUAACAGUGCCGUUGCUCAGCUGUGUUUUGUGAAUUAUUCGCCUACAUAAAGAAAACAAGCCGAAAAUCGCGUCGCUCUCCUCCUUUUAGAAGAUUUUCCUGGAUUUUCAAGAGAAAAUCUAUUGAUGCCUCACCUAGCUACGUCAUCAGGCCCAACUCUUGGAUUACGUUUCGAUCAAUUUCACUAAGUUUAAAAACAAAAAAAGCUUAUUUUAACAAACAAGUGGAUCUUUUUUUAUGAAGAUCAUUGAGAACUCAUACAGUGAAGUUUUAAUCCCAAAAUCAUCUCAAAAAGUACAAAGCAAGAUAAAGAAAGAAAAAAAUCGGGAUAAAAUUCGGUUUUUUUUAUUAAAACACAAUUUUCUUUCUUUUUAAUCUAUAAGUAUUUUUAAUAAAUUUUUAAUUAAUUCAUCUCUAAAUGCUCAAAAAGAAAAAUCAUGCUUAAGUUUUAUAUAAAAAUCAUUCUUAUAAUUUGAGUGUUUUGGCAAGGAAAAAUCGCACUUGAAUUCAUCAUCGAGCCAUCUUUUGUAUAUAAACAAAAACCUGUUUCGGAUAAAGGAAGAAUUUUACGUUAUAUUGAGGGACAUUGUGAAAUUAAAGAGGGUUCAGGAAGAGAGAGAGGGAAAGAGUGUGAAGAAUUACUAUAAGAAGGGUGAUUCUAUUACACAAGUUUACAAAAUUGCACGCAAUAAGUGCAGGACCCUAGAGAGAGAUAAUACAUAAAGUGUGAAGGUUACAUAGUGUUUUGAGUCAGUUCGAGACGAGUGUUACACAGAAUAGGAAGUGAUUGAGUUAAAAAGAAAAAUUACAAAGUGACAAGAAAAUAAGUUUUUUGCAAAAUUUAAAAAAAAAGUGAUAAUGGAUACAACAUUUCGUACACCGAUCGUACCAAAUGCCUUCAGUCGCAUUGCACCAACCAAUAAGCCGGACGAGGGGCAGGCGGUCAAUGGGACGGGUGUCAGCAAUGGUGGUGAGCAGAAGAAGUGCUUCCACCAUCGACUGUCCCACUGUGGCCGUUUUCCCAUGCAUACGCAGCAAUGUCAGCAGCGAGUAAUGCGAGUUCCAGCCACAAGUCCCAAUGCAGAAGGUGCAGCAAAUUCGGGGGCUGCUGCAUCACCGGAAAAUGGUGGAGGCGCCGGAACUGGUCAGGUUCCACCAGGUGUCAUCCUGCCACCGGCAAAUGCAGCACUCCUGGCUGAGCGCUACCUUCUGCUGGAUCUUGUGGACGGGGGCUCGCUGUACAAGUGUGUGGACGUCAAGACUCAUGAGGAGCUCGUGUGCAAGAUUGCGAACAAUCCCUGCUCAAAUCUUCUAACGGCCCAUUUUCGUCUCGAUGGACAUCCUCAUAUAAAUCCACUGCAAAAAGUCAUUCAAGGAUCCAAUCAAACUUAUCUCUUCUUCACGCCAUCGCAGGGUGAUCUCCAUUCCUAUGUACGCGUCCGCAAGCGUCUCCGUGAAGUGGAAGCACGACGUUUGUUCCGACAAAUGUGUGAAACGGUGAAAGCAUGUCACGAACAGGGGAUCGUUUUGAGAGAUCUCAAGCUUCGAAAGUUUAUUUUUGCCGAUGAAGACAAAACACACUUAAGAUUAGAGUCACUAGAGGAUGCCGUAGUACUGGAUAACCCAGCUGAGGAUCUAUUGCAAGAUAAACGAGGAUGUCCCGCCUAUGUAUCACCGGAAAUCCUUAAGGCGAACACAACAUAUUCGGGAAAGGCGGCUGAUAUGUGGUCACUGGGUGUCAUUCUGUACACAAUGCUAGUUGGACGUUAUCCGUUCAAUGACUCCGAACACGCAUCGCUUUUUGCCAAAAUAUCACGGGGUCACUUCCAGGUGCCGGAAUGCCUGACGUCGAAGGCACGGUGCAUGAUCCGGGCGUUGCUCCGGCGGGAUCCGGAGGAGAGAAUAACGUCAGAAGACAUUCUCUAUCAUCCGUGGUUGCUCCAUGAGGACAGCCGGGAAUCGAGUAGGGCCACUGGGGAUCAAUGUGUACCGGAAAUCGAUGAAUCCGGGGAUGAAGAUGAUGAGAAGUGAACUGAAAAAAAAAAACACAAACAAAUGUGGCAAGGGAGGAUUAAUGAGUGGGAAAACCCAAAAGCUUUAUCAGUUUAAAAUGCAAAAAAAAAGAAGAGGAAAAGCAAAAGAGAAAACGAUGAAGGAAUUUAGAGAAGGUGAAAAUGAAUUAAUCUCUCGAUUUUCAAGAGGACACCGCGAAUUGUUAAUUGUUACAUUAUUAUUUUUAUUUUUUUUUAUUUAAAAAAAAAACUUAUCUUUAGUUCUGCCACAACACAAAAAAAAAACGAUUUUAUAUUUUAACUUUAAUUUUAGAUAUUGAGAGAGAAGAUGAAAAAAUCGAAAAAAGUGAAGAACUUCUUUUAAUUAAAAAAAAAAAACUAUUGAAUUGUGAUUUUUCUCCAUAAUUUAAAUAUUUUUUUUUUAAAGAAUAAUUUAUACGCAAUGAAAUUAUUGAGAGAAUAAUGCGAUGAGAAAAAAAAUGAAUUAUGCAAAGGAAAUAAAGAGAAAAAAAAUUGAAAUGCCAUGAAAUUAAGAAAUAAUCAUCCUUAAAAUAUUGUGAAAAUUUUUCAAUGAAAUAUAUUUUUUAUUUUUUCAAUUAUUUUUCCUUUUGCCUAAAUGUAUUUUACUUUUGCAAAAGACGAAAAAAAAAUAAAUACAAGGUGAGAAAGGAUAUUUUAUUAUACAAGAUUAUAGAAAGAAAAAACGAACUUUUAAUUUGAAGUUUGUAAAUAUUUUUUUUUAAACCAUUUUACAAGCAAAACAAAAAUAAAAAACAGAAAUGAAAAAUGCGAAAAUUGUGCAAUUUUUAAACCUAUCACAUUUAAUGUCCAACGCACAAUAACUUUUGUUUAGUAAACAUGUUUUUGACAUUUCAAUGAGAGUGAGUGAGAUCUAGAUCUAGUCAUCUCGCUCAUCCUCAUGGAAAAUUUUGAAAACAUGUUUACAAUCAAAAGUUAUUGUGCGCUGGUCAUAAUUCUGAUCACAAAUUUUUUUGUGUUUAUUUGAACGGAAAAAAAGGAAAUAAGACGAUGAAUUUUAUUUGAUAAAACAAAAAAAAUUGAUAAACAUUUUAAUGGAAAACAUUUUAACCCUCAAUUUGCCAUUUCAGAGAAAAUCAUUAGAAAAAAAAAAGAAAAUAGGUAAAAGAACACCCUGUAAUUUCUCUCUGGAUGAACAAUAAAUCCCCAAUUAUUGAAAUCAAACUCGUAAUUUUUAAGACAAUGUGAUGGAAAAUUUUUGAACUUUAGUAGCCGAUUGAAUCUGUAGUGCGAAAAAUUACAGAAAGAAAGGUUAUUUAAUAAUAGACGAAAAAUAAUGAGAAAAAAAACAUUUUGUUUUUUUUUAGGAUCAGAGAAGAAAGAAAAAAUACAAAUUUUACUUGUAUAGAAAUUUUUAUUCUGUAAAAUUGAGAUAGAAAUUUAUUUUAACUUAAAAUGAUGAAACAUUUACUUUUAGAUAAAAUGGACUUUUUAAUCGUAAGAACAAGUAAAUUAAAAAAAAAAACAAGUGGUUUGUAAUUUUAAUGUCAUAACAUUUCAGUGUCAUGUAAUUUAUAACAAUAUGCCUAAUAUUCUUCCUCUAUCGAACAGAAAAAAUAAAGAAAUGUUGAGAAAAUUAAAAAAAAAAAA